UGCGCGCGGGGCGGGGGUGCCGCUGGGCGGGGAGGCGCCAUCUUGUUCCUGUGCGGAGCGGCGGCGCCGGGCCGGGCCGGGCUGAGGGAGCGCCCGGGGCAGCGCCGCCGCCACCGCGGGGCGCGGCAUGGACACCCACUAUUACGGCGGGGAGCAGUCAGAUGACGGAGGAGCUACUCCAGUGCAGGACGAGCGAGACUCAGGAUCUGAUGGGGAGGAUGAAGGAAACGAGCAACAUUCUGGAUCGGAGAAUGGAAGUGUAGGGCACCAUUCAGAGAAUGAACACAGUGAUGGCGAAGAUGAUGGGCAAGUUGGAGAGCCUCAUAUGACAGACUCUGAAAAUGAAGAUAUCCCAAGACAAAAAGAAAGUGACUCAGAUAAUGAGGAGGCCCCAAAUCACAACGUAAGUGAUUCAGAAAAUGAAGCAACUCAUGGAGGGAAAGACAGUGAUUCUGAUACUGAGGACCGUCCAAACCAGCAUUUAAGUGACUCUGAAAAUGAAGAGGCCUUAAAUCAUCGAGCAAGUGAUUCUGACAAUGGAGACCCUCCAAGGGAUCACAGCAGUGAUUUUGAAAAUGAGGAAUCACACAAGCAGCCAGCCAGUGACUCAGAGAGCGAAGAGCUCCAGAAGCAGCCAGCCAGUGACUCAGAGAGUGAGGAGCUCCAGAAGCAGCCAGCCAGUGAUUCUGAGAGUGAGGAGCUCCAGAAGCAGCCAGCCAGUGAUUCUGAAAGUGAGGAGCUCCAGAAACAGCCAGCCAGUGAUUCUGAGAGUGAAGAGCUCCAGAAGCAGCCAGCCAGCGACUCCGAGAGUGAGGAUGUGUCCAGACACAAGCAGAUAGAGUCUGAAGAUAGCGAUGGGGAGGACAGGAAGGAAAAGGUGCAGAACGACUCUCAUCAUUCAGAUAAUGAACAUGUAAGGAAAGGAUUUCAGGGCUCUGACAGUGAAGAUGAAGCUCCUAAGAGACGUAAAAUAUCAGACAGUGAUGAAGAUGAGAAAGAGGAAGAAAAGAUGGUGAAGAGGAAAACAGCCAUCCUUUCUGAUAGUGAGGAUGACAGUGAGAAAACACCUGCAAAAAAGGUACGAAUCCUUUCCGAUGGUGAAGAGUCAGACAGUGACGCUGCUUCAGAGAAAUCCGACAAAAGGAAGAAAAACGUUGUAUCCGAUAGCGAGGAGGAGGAAGAAGGAAAAGAGAAUGCUGAGAAGAAAAAAGGGAAAGAUCUGUUUGGCAGUGACAGUGAAUCUGGAAAUGAACAAGAGAACCUGAUUGCAGAUAUAUUUGGAGAAUCUGGCGAUGAGGAAGAGGAGGAAUUUACGGGUUUUAACCAGGAGGAUUUGGAGGAGGAGAAGGGUGAUGGAGACACGAAGGAGACAGCAGAUGAAUCGGACUCUGAUGAUAACAUCAAAAGAGGGAAGCACAUGGACUUCAUGUCCGAUUUCGACAUGAUGCUGCAGCGCAAGAAGAGCAUGAGCGGCAAGCGCAGGCGGAACCGCGACGGGGGCACCUUCAUCAGCGACGCCGACGAUGUGGUCAGUGCCAUGAUUGUGAAGAUGAAUGAGGCUGCUGAGGAGGAUCGUCAGCUGAAUACACAAAAGAAACCAGCACUAAAGAAAUUAACAUUGCUACCAACUGUAGUUAUGCAUCUUAAAAAGCAGGAUCUCAAAGAAACUUUCAUCGAUAGUGGUGUUAUGUCUGCCAUCAAAGAGUGGCUUUCUCCUCUUCCAGACCGAAGUCUGCCAGCACUAAAGAUCAGAGAGGAGCUUCUGAAGAUCCUGCAAGAGCUGCCCAGUGUGAGCCAAGAGACGCUGAAGCACAGCGGCAUCGGGCGGGCUGUGAUGUACCUGUACAAACACCCCAAGGAGUCGAGACCCAACAAGGACAUGGCUGGGAAGCUGAUCAAUGAAUGGUCUCGACCCAUCUUCGGCCUUACCUCAAACUACAAAGGCAUGACCAGAGAAGAGAGGGAGCAGAGAGAUUUGGAACAGAUGCCUCAUCGAAGGAAAAUGAGCAGCUCUGGUGGUCAGACUCCCCGCAGGGACCUGGAGAAAGUGUUAACAGGAGAAGAAAAGGCUCUCAGGCCCGGGGACCCUGGGUUCUGUGCCCGUGCGAGGGUGCCUAUGCCCUCCAACAAAGACUACGUGGUCAGGCCCAAGUGGAACGUGGAGAUGGAAUCCUCCAGGUUCCAGGGGACCUCUAAGAAAGGGGUGAGUCGACUGGACAAACAGAUGCGGAAAUUCACAGAUAUCAGGAAAAAAAGCAGAUCGGCCCAUGCAGUGAAAAUCAGCAUUGAGGGCAAUAAGAUGCCAUUGUGACCCUUCACAGAAUGCCCCAUGAGCUCUGCUGUAAGACAAUACCCACAGACUCUUUGGAGACCUUUAAAUUUUUUAACAUGUUUGGGGUGGGUUUGGUUUUUUAGUUUGUUUUUUAAAUGAAUCCUUGAAUUGUUGGUUCAGGUUCUGGUAGAAGAUGUUGUCUGAGGACUGUGAAUAUGGGGACUUCAUUCUCCUGAUUGUAUUUAAACUGGCCCUGUUGUGUCCUUUGUACAGAUCAUGUAUUUGUUGUAUUGCAACACUUUAAAAAAUAAAACAUCUGGGGUUUUUUUGGGA